GCCUUGAAGGGUGACUUGUGUUUUGCUGUUUAGUAAACGCAUUGUGUCGGCUUAGUCUUGCAAAUCGAGCCGGUUUCUUCAAAUUUUAAGAUGUUUCUCACCAGAUCAGAAUAUGACCGUGGUGUCAACACAUUCUCACCGGAAGGAAGACUUUUCCAGGUUGAAUAUGCCAUUGAAGCUAUUAAGUUAGGCUCAACCGCGAUUGGCAUUUCCACCGCCGAGGGAAUUGUCUUAGCCGUGGAGAAGAGAAUCACUUCGUCACUGAUGGAGCCAUCCACAAUCAAGAAGAUCGUGGAGGUGGACAAGCACAUUGGUUGUGCUGUGAGUGGUUUGAUCGCUGAUUCUCGAACCCUCAUUGACAAAGCCAGAGUGGAGGCCCAGCACCAUUGGUUCGUCUACAACGAGAAGAUGAGCGUCGAGUCUGUUGCACAGGCUGUGUCCAACCUGGCCAUUCAGUUUGGUGACACGGAUGAUGACAGUGGAUCGUCCAUGAGCCGACCAUUUGGAGUAGCUAUGUUGUUUGCUGGAUGUGAUGAGAAGGGGCCUCAGCUGUUUCACAUGGAUCCGUCUGGAACUUAUAUUCAAUUCGAUGCCAAGGCUAUUGGUUCUGGCAGUGAAGGUGCCCAGCAACAGUUGCAAGAAGUCUACCAUAAGGGCAUGACUCUGCAAGAAGCAAUCACACACGCACUCACAAUUCUGAAACAAGUGAUGGAAGAAAAAUUGAACUCAACAAACGUGGAGCUUGUGACGGUCACCAAGGACCGUCUUUUCCACAUGUUCACUAAAGAGGAGGUGGAGGAAGUUAUCAAGAAUAUUGCCUAGACGGUUGCUUGCGUUUCAGCUUACCUUACUUACGUUACAUUUUGGCUCAAGUGAAGAGAAACGGAUUCAUCUAAUUCUUACAAGAUUUAUUCACCUUUCUUCGGUCUGGUUUUGUAUUUCUUGAAUUGGUUUCAAAUAAAUUAAUCGUAAGUUUUUAUCUUGUAAGGAA